AUGGAGAGGCAGAGGUCUUUCGAAGUUCUUCAUGUUGAUGAUGAAACUUUUAACCUAGAGAAUGAUAGUCUUGUCGAAAGUGUCUACUUGGUUUCUGAGCAAGCUGUUUCUGAUGAAUCACCUUCUUACACUGAGGUUUCGGAGUCUGACAAGUCAGAAAAUUCUCUAUCCACAUCGACGUUCGAUUUCGUCAAACUGGACUGCGACCAAAACCAUGCUGCCAUUACACAACCCUCCCCAUCUUGUAACUUGGACCAGUUACAUUGUCUAAGCAUACCUGAUGAGAAAGAGCCAACUAUUGUAUAUGAACAAUCAUGUAUCCAAUCGUCAACGUACUCUGAAAUAAAUGCCUCUGAUCGGAUACAUUUUUACUUCCGUGAUUUUCUUUUGGGAGGCAUAAUUUUCAGUUUACUUUUAGGUCACAUGCUGUAUUCUGAACAAUGUUAUAAAAAUAGAAUUGCUGGUUGUGAAAUUGAACGUGACAAAUUAUCAACAAACGUUUCUUUUCUAUCGACUGAAAUUUUACAAAAAGAUACAGCAUAUCGACAUCUGGAAAUUAAACAUAAACACCUUAAAAAUGUAACACAUCAAUUGCAUUCAGAUAUAUCUAUACUAACAGCUGAAUUACGUGACAAAGCCCUAGCUUACAAUGAAUUAAAAUCAGACUACAAAUAUGUCAGUGAUAAAAUGAAAGAGUUAACCAAUGAAUUGCGAAAAUUGAAAUUUGCGCUUAUGGAUUUGAAACGCUCUUCGCUAUUUUUUCCCGGUAUCAGAUUGGUCAAAGAUAUCUUGUGUAAAAUUUUAAGCGUUUGCCCUGAUCUAGAUGGAGAGUAGACAAAUAAAUGGACUAAAAGUGAGCCAUGUCUUCGGGACAGAAUAAAGGAUAAUAUAUUUUUCUUUUCUCAGUUAAUGUUUUCGUCAUAUUUCUUUAUCUUGUUAAGUUUUAUUUUGCGUAAUUUUGGCGUUUCGUCUAAAAUCUCUUUUAUCUUACAGCUGCUAAUGUAAACAUUUAUACCAAAAGAUUAUUUAUAAUUUAUCUUCAUUAUAUACUUCAUUUUGAGAAUUUUCCUUCAAGUCAUUACGUCACAGUUUAAACAGUAUCAUAUAAACUAUAACGCAAAUAGUCC